GUUAGCUCGGAGCACAACUACGAGUACUACUAUGAAGUGGUUGUGCAGCAGCUGUUCAUCGGUGGCUACACACGACUGACACUUCUGGACGCCGAGAAGAUGUCAAUUGUGGCCCUAAUGGUCAGACAAUGGCCGGAAGUGUUCAAUACUAUGGCGCCUGUAGUUCGAUACAAAUACGAGGGCUCGAGGUAUAUGUCGUGCAAUCAAUUGCUGGACUUUGGAUCCGAGGGCCGGUCGACCAUCACCUCAAGCGGCCAACCGGUGGUCAUCCGGACGGUUAAGAUUGAGAUGACUGGUCAGCGUUGGAGGAAAUGGCGUUCGGAGACUAAGCGCUUGAAUGAGAUGUUUGUGGUGCGGCUGCGAUACUGUCCCCACAAAACUACAGGCGCUGACAGCCCGCCCAACCCUAUGCCAGUGCCUGUGGAUCAGAGUAUAGGCUUCCAACUGUCGGAGCCUUUAGAGGCGAAGACUAACGGUGCGACUAAUGAGGGGAAUGGCGUUCAGACAGCACAGGCACGCUCUCAGCUAUUGGACUAUAUUUUUUCUAAGGGAGACGGAGGGGUAGGCCCUCAGUAUCACUACUACGAGGUGGUGGUCAGACACGUGCCCACCGAUGAUGGGGACAAUGCGCUGACACUGAGUGCCACAGAAAAGAGGUUGAUAUUCGAGCGAAUGGUCACCGAGUGGUCGAACGUGUUCGCACCGGGAGAUCGCAAAGUGUUUUACUUAUACGAAGGCUACGAGUACAUGCUAUGCAAACAAUGGUUGCCCAUUGAUGUUGCCACGCGUUAUGUCAGUAUAUCGCUGAUACCCCUG